AUGGCAGUAGCAGCCAUUGACAUGUCCUUCCUGGAGGACCCUGCCCUGUUCGGCAAGGGCCAACACCACCAAGAUGAUGAAGAUCUCUUCAACUGCAGCGAUUUGCGAAAGUGCGAGCCACAUGCGUUUACGAUGGCUCCUGUGGCCAACCCCAAGACCUUCUGCCUAGACAUCAAGAAGACCAACGAGGCACCAAAGCUGAUGGACUUCAGGAAAGGUACCACCACCCUUGGCUUUGUGUUCCAGGGCGGCAUCAUCAUCGCAGUGGAUUCCCGUGCCUCCAUGGGUAGCUACAUUGGUUCAGGAACCGUGAAGAAGGUCAUCGAGAUCAACGAUUUCCUGCUUGGAACCAUGGCGGGCGGCGCUGCCGACUGCUCGUGGGGGCUCCUGGAACGGACACUGCCAUGGCGAUGUUGGGAGGAAACAUCUGGGGAUAACUGGGGAGAUUACAUACAGUAG